AUGUCUAAAAUACCAAGCCAGCAGGUGGUCAUUGUCGGAAUCGACGCAAAUGCGAAGAUGGGACUCGAACAGCAAUCCGAUUUGCUAGGAAAAUGGUACUAUGCAGCGGAGCGCACGUCGGACAACCGUCUGGUCGAACCGUGCGAACAGACGGGCCUCAUCAUCGCUUCCACGCUUAAGAGGAAUCAUCGACGCCAUCAGCUCACGUGGCAUGGCUCGACUACGUUCUGGCGAGGAACAUUCCUCAAUCAGAUAUCCGAAAAUCUAGAGCUGUUUGGGACGUCGCGUUCGACUCUGACCACCCUACUGUUCUUCUCAGCUUCAAGAUAUGGUUCCACAAGAGAAACCGAUGAGUUCCUCUUCAGUAGAAAAUCGACAUGGCAGGGCAAAACAAGAUCCACGUACAAUUCUGUAUUUGCCGCGCGCAGCACUGGUGACCUCAACCAGGAAAAGCGUCUUAGAAGGAAGCUACGUCGUCAACUGCAGCAAGACCGCGAUAACGAGUGGACGUCAAGAGCGAUGGAGUUUGAGAAGGCGUGGGAGGACAGGAACCCGCGGAAAGCCUACGCUCUACUAAAACAGUAUAGCGGCAAAAUGAAAAGAUGUUCCCAUGUCCUCAACACUGCUAAUGGGGUAGCUGUCGGUGAAGCAACCCUUCCAAUUUGGAAGGAACACUUCAAGACCUUGCUGAACCGACUAGCACCGUCAGCUCCUGAACUCGAACAGUUCAUAGACCGACAUAUGCGAAAAUCUGGUGGAGACGAUGGGAUUAACGCAGAAAUGCUAAAAUAUCUUCCUCCGUCUGGGAUUCGUGAGAUGAUAAAGAUCAUCCGUUCAAUAUGGAUAAACGAAAGCAUACCUGAUUCGUGGAGACACGCUGUCAUAAUUCCCCUCCACAAGAAGUUAUCCGUCACGCACCCAAGGAAUUAUCGAGGAAUCUCUUUGCUGCAUGUUAUGUACAAGGUACUGGAGCGGAUUAUUCUGGACCGACUCAUUAAACAUCGCGAAGAAACAACGCGCAACGAGCAAACUGGCUUUCGUCCUGGCCGAUCUACGAUUGACCAGGUGUUCAUCGUCAGAAGAGUGAUCGAAAUCUGGCAGCGGUAUUCGAAGCCAGUGCAAUUAGCGUUUCUGGAUUUUGAAGCCGCGUUCGACUCUCCUCACCGAGGCCGUCUUCUCAACGCGCUUCGCGCCGAUGGAGUAUCAGGAAAGUUCGUUCGCUUGCUUGACGACAUGAAUCAACGAACAACUGCUGCAGUUUGA